AUGGCUGAUUUGACACAAAGCAUGUAUCUUACAGUGGUGAAAGGCGACGAAAAGCUGCCGACGUGUUCUCGGUGCGAAAGAAGCGGGCGUUGGUGUGACCGCACAGCGCCUUUAAAGAUCCAACCCCAGAAGAAUGUUGGCAGACGAACGAAAGGCGCAAAGGGUACCAUCGAGCAAUUCGACGAGCCUCGUGUGAGUCUGCAGGACGAGGAGAUCGCCCACUACUUCGCACACUACCUGAAGACACUGGCUCCGUGGUAUGACCUGGACGACCUUGACCAGGCCUUCAAAAGUAUCGUGGGCAGCAGAGCUCAGCAGAGCUCCUUGCUGCUCAGCGCCAUCAUUGCAUUUGCAGCUAUACAUAAGAGUCGGACGUCUCACGAUGUGCCCAAGUUGCUGCCAGAAAAACAUCAUGCUCACUGCUUGCGUCUUUUGAUCGGACUCACCGAAACAGCCCCAGCAAUCAAGGACGGGACAGCCUUGGCUGCAACGUGUCUGCUGCGAUCGUUUGAAAUUCUUGCAGAGGAGGAGGAUCCUAAUCGCCAUCUUUUUGGGGCAUUCUCAUUAAUACCGUCUCUGUCUUGUAGCCUGCCAGAAGAACCGCUGCUCAGGGCCGGUUUGUGGAAUUAUCUCCGCGAAGAUAUCACCUUCUCGCUCAUCAACCGCUGUCCCUUAAAAAUCGAGGUUGGAGCAAUAGACAUCGAACUGCAUCGCGAUGACAACUAUGCAAAUCAAAUCACGAUCCUCUUGGCCCGUGUCAUCAACGCCGUUUUCGCGGGAGGUUCAGACCUUCUCGUCGGCUUACAAUCAGCCGUCAGUGCUUGGAAUUCGUCUAUACCAUUCAAGCCUUACCAUGAGUCCCACCAAGACGUAUUUCCCAAAAUCCAGAUGGUCGAGGAUUGUCACGUCGCUGCAAGGCAAUAUUGGCAUGUCGCGCAGAUCCUCCUUGGUCUAAACACCGGUAAUACAGGGGACUUUGAAGCACACGCCCGCACCAUAUGUGGGAUGGCCUUUUCUGCUAACAGUGACCCUGUCGUUGUAAAUUCAUAUGGUCCAAUCUGUUAUAGCGCACAAUGGUUGUCGAGAGACGACGCUCGACGGGAAUUGGUCAACCGCCUUCGGAUAGCCAAAAGAGGACCGGUUGGCCCGUUCAACACAUAA